UUUCUCAACUAACAGAGCCCGGAACGAAAAGCCUUUUCUCUACCUAAUGAGGGAUGUAUCACUGUUGCAGCUGCAGGCUUUGAGCACCUGAAGGGCUUCUACAUAGAGAUCUACAGGUUUUCAGGGACCUCCCCAGAGCCGACGUUUUACUGCAGAGUGUUUGACUUCUCCCAAAACAACUUCACUUCCCAGGAUUACAAGCUGAAUUUCAAGAAGAAAAUGGUCGGAUUCCCCGGUGGCACCAACUUCCUGUAUCGCAUGGAGAUGUACACGUUGCCAAUGUCAUCUGAAUCCAAGUCCAGGAUCGCGUUAUUUACUCUUCAACCGGUGCAAGAUGGUACAUCCACGGCAUUUUGGUCUGCAUCAGUCUCCUACGAGAUGCGGACCCUGACAGACCCCGCUGACAUCACAGUGCAGUUCAGUCUGGCUCCCAGCGAGUACAACUUCCGGAAAUACAGCGUCGAGCUCGUCGGCGACCAUGACGACAAAAAUGUCCUCAUCGGCUGCGAGGUUGACACUCUGGGUGAUUAUUCAUGCCAGGGAAUAAACAACCUCAAGCCUCCUGCAGGUGCCAGUACUGUCACCCAUACGUUCCACGACCUGGGGCCUGGUUCAUACAGAGUGUGG